GGGGUAGAUUGUAAUCCCCCAUAAUUUUAUACAUUUUAUUAAUAUAUUUUAACGUAUAGUUAAUUAUAUUUAAAUAGAAUUUAUAAAUUUUAGAAAUAAAUAUAUAAUUAACGUAUAUUUAUUUUAUUUGAUUACAUUCUAAACAUUUUAACGAUUUAUGAAAUCAAAAAUAAUUUUAGAAUUUUAUGUUGAAAAGAAUUUGAAUUACGAAAAUACGUUUUUACUUAGAAAACAAUCAUAAUCGGUUUCGAAUUCAAACAUAAACUCAAUUAUAAUCCUAGCCCAAAUAACAAAGCCCAAAAUAAAUAACCCCAAAUAAACCCAUAACCCUUUCUCCUAUUCAACUUCACGUGAAACAAAAAUAAAAAGAGAAACAAAAGAAAACUCUCAAACCCUUGCUUCACCAUUCACGUGAAAACGCACAAGACUCUCUGCUUCAGCCACCGCCGCUCCUCCUUGCUGCUAUCCCUCACGCCGCCGGCCACCUCCUCCGUCGCGCGCAACCUCCCUCGCCGGACGCCGCACCACCACUGUCAACCGCUGCCACCUUGCCACGCCGCACCGCGACGACCACCUGCACCGCCUGAAGCUGGCCGUCGUCGCUGCCCUUGCGGCCAUCACUUCUCUCGUUCGUCCCUUCUCUUUUCCCCCUUUGCUUGCUGCUCGGUUCUCCUUUCGCAAGCAACAUUGCAGUCGUUCGCGAGCCUCCUCGUCGCCGCGCACCACCACCUUCGUCAACCAGCCAUCAGCCGCCGCCCAGCCAUCUCCUCUCCUCCUUGAUUUCGGCGGAGAAUUCUUUGUGGGCGACUUUUGAAUUCGUUAAAGUGGCCUAUCAGUUUGUUUACACAAGGAAUAAAAUGUUUCUUUCCAAGUAUACCAACAUAGGAUCCUUCGAGAAACUUGAUAUAGAAACCCCUGAUAUUUACGUGAAGAAAAUUGUGUUUGGAUGUGAAUAUUAUGCUAAAGUUCAUGGGCAACCUAUCUUAAUGAGAAAGGAUAUCAUAGCAGCUACUAUCAUUAAUUGCUUACCUAACAAAUUUCCAUACCUAGAACUCAAGGAAAAGUUUAAAGACAUGCAUUCUGAUAAUGGAACUCCAAACUUGACUAAGUAUGGGACUUGGGAUGGUAGAUGGAAAUAUGAUUCAGAAAUUCUGACCACCAUUAUUGAGGCGGCAGAAAGUGGGUUUAGAGACGGUAAAAUCGUAGGGAGUCAUGUUGGAGAUGCAGUUACAGAAGAACCUAUGGGAGUAAGUGUAAAUAAUGACCUAGAGGAAAAUGAUGUAGCUGUGGAGAAUGAGAAUGUAGAUGUUGAGGCAGAGAAUCCUAACCCAGCGACCCAUGAGCCAACCAUUGAGAUUUCUAGUGAUUCAGAUGAAGAGCUCGAAAGUGAACAGGAGAUGGCAAGUGAGUCUAAUCAAGAUGAAGACAUGGAAGAAGAUGCAAACCCUGAGGAAGACCCCGAUGAAGACCCUGAAGAAGAGUUCGAUGAUCUUGAGAUCUAA